UGGGUGUUAGUCUCGUCGUCUCCCAUCAUCUUCCUUGUUCAUUGCUUGUUUUCCUUUGCUGCCUUGCCUUGCUCAGUUGAGUAGCAUCGAUCUCCUCACCUGGGCUUUGCAGCCGUACAAGAUCCAUGGAGCAGAACGUAACCAACAUCAACGUACAGAGUAUUUCCGAAUCCAGCCGGCGGAUGGAGGCGCGCGAAUCCAGCUUUGACGCGUUCCGAAUCACCUCUGUCGUCGUGUUCGGCGUGGUCGUCGUCCUGGUGCUCUUCUUCGUCUGCAGAUGCGCCAAGUGGUGCGGCGACAAGAUUAUUACCGCCAUGAGCUCGGGCGUGGCAGCGCACCACCGGGACCGGGACUGCACGGUGGUGCCGGACCACGUGAUCAGGAACACCACGGUCGAGAGGUUCUUGAUUGACAUGACCAAGGAGAAGCCCCUCCGGUUCACGCCAGAGCAGCUCGCCGGGUUCACGCGCAGCUACGCCACCCGGCUCGGUGCCGGCGGCUUCGGUACCGUUUACAGGGGCACGCUCCCCAACGGCCUCGCCGUCGCCGUCAAGGUGCUCCACCGGGGGCUCCACGCGAGCAAGUCCGAGGAGCAGUUCAUGGCCGAGAUGCGCACAAUCGGCAGGACGCACCACAUCAACCUCAUCAAGCUCUACGGCUACUGCUAUGUCUUGGAUGACACGUGUGCGCUCGUCUAUGAGUUCAUGGAGAACGGCGAUCUCGACAACUACCUGACUGCCUGCCGAAACGGCGGCGGUGUGAGCAUGCCCACCGUGGCCGCGGUCGCCACGGGCGUCGCCAAGGGCCUCAGGUACCUCCACGAGGAGUGCCAGCACAAGAUCGUGCACUACGACAUCAAGCCCGGCAACGUCCUCCUCGACGGCAGCCUCACGCCCAAGGUGGCCGACUUCGGGCUGGCAUACCCCGUCAACCGCGCCGACACGCACAUCUCCCUGUCCGGCUGGCGCGGCACCCGAGGGUACGCCGCACCGGAGAUGCGGAUCCGUGAGCGGCGCAUCACCGAGAAAUGUGAUGUCUACAGCUUCGGCAUGCUCCUUCUCAAGAUCGUCGAGCAUGGUAGCAGCUUCCAUGACAACGCCGAUGCCGCGUUGGAUUCGGAUAGCAGCCAGCAGUGGUUUCCCAUGGUCGCGUGGACCAGGUACGAGGCCGGCGAGCUGAUGGAGCUCGUGGUGCCAACGAUCCGCGAUGACCAGCAGUGCAGAGAGCUGGCGGAGAGGAUGUGCAUGGUGGCAUUCUGGUGCGUGCAGCAGCGGUCACCGGCGAGGCCGUGGAUGAGCACGGUGGUGAAGAUGCUCGAGGGCGAGAUGGGGAUUGAUCCGCCGCCCAACCCAUUCUAGUCCUUGGGAUGCAAUCUAAUUAAACACGCUGACGCUAGUGUGGGUGUGGCCAGCCCGCGGGUUGCCACUGAACUAAGAAUAACUAGUAGAAUGCCCGUGCGUUGCUACGGGCUAUAAUGUAUAUAAAUGAAUCAAAUAAAUGAUUAAGGUCACCUCUAUGGUCGAAGCUCAUUUCUUCCUCG